UAAACUACUGAUUGCUAUUUGUGUACAAGACAAGUCAUAGAUAAAGUAGAAAUUUAUUCUCCUAUAGAAAUUCAAAGAAUACAAUGUGCCCAAUGAAAAACAGUUAGCUAUAUAAGGCCAAGGCUCAGGUGGGUCUGUUGUGGGUAGAUGGAGACUGUUGAGAGUUGGGUGGAGAUUGUUGGAGAUUUGGUGAUUGAUUUGCUGCUAUGGGGAGUGUAGGAUAUCGUUACACUGGGUCAAGCAGUGUUUAUGGUGAGCAUAGUGAGGGAACAUCCUGGCUGGGCCUCAUGACCAGCUCAUACAGAUACAGACUCCAGGAUAACUAUGAUGUGCUGGGCCUCAUUGGAGAAGGCAGCUUUGGCAUGUUGGCACGACAUCGUGGCACACGUAUGCCGGUCGCCGUAAAGGAGUUAACAAAGGCAGAGGUGCGAGCGGCCUACAUUACGAUGGAGGUUGGGAUGUUGAAGGACCUUCGACACCCUAGCAUCACACAGUUGCUGGAGGUUAUAGAAACUAAGGACAAAGUACACCUGGUCCUAGAAUAUGUGAAGGAGGUCAACCUGGGGCUAGAGAUCUUCCAGAUAGAAAAUCAGAUGCUGCAGGAGAAGGAUGCCUGGAGGAUUUUCCGAGACAUCUUGGGAGUGGUGGAUUGUUGCCACCAGCAAGGCAUUGUACGUGGGGACCUCAAGCUCGAAAAUGUUUUGAUUGACACCCAAGGCCAUGCUAAGGUAUGCACCUUCAGGUUCGGAUUCUGGUUCCUCCCCGGGGAGGAGGUGCCUGAGGUUGGUGGCACGCAGCAUACUUUGCCCCAGAAAGAAUCUUUUUUUUUUUCAAUGGCAGCUGGGUCCGGAGCAGGCGUGUCUCCAGAAAGAAUCUUGUACCAGGCGUAUGAAGGUUCUACCCUGGAUAUCUGGGCCCUUGGCAUGAUAUUAUACAAGAUGAUUACUGGGAAAUGUCUCUUUUAUGAGGAUCCAUCCAAGAUAAUGGAAAAUAUCAUUUUGGGGAUUGUCUCUUACCCGGACUUCAUCUCCAUGAAUACCAAAUACUUCAUCAGAAAGCUCAUGAACCGGAACCCCAGCAUGCAACCAACAGCACAGAAGGUGCUGAAGCACCGGUGGCUCCAGGGUAUCCGGCUGCCCUGUCCUCCUGAGCUGUACCCUGUGCCUGCAAAGAGGGCAAUUCUAAACCGUAUGGCUGGGAUGGAUUUCGACCCACUAACGGUGAUGGACACCCUGAGGAGGAAGGAGUAUAAUCAUGAGACAACCUUCCUGUUGCUGCAGAGCCAGGCCCUCCAGGGGCUGGGCUUCAGAAACCCAGUGAAGACUGUGCAUGUGGCUGCAGAGGAAACAUCAUGGUGCCUGACAAGUCCUGCAGUCUCACCUCACAUCCCCUGGACAGCCAGCGAGCCUGUCUCCUGUACUGGCUGCUUAUUCCCUGGACUGAAGCCCCGAGGAGAACAGGGUGGCAUAGGCUUCCAGCCACCCAUGACCAUCCAGAGGACCCCAACUCUCAGCCUGUCCCCCCAGCCUGGACCUGCCGCUCCCAGCAUGUUCUGCCAACCUGACCCUGCCAUUCUCAGUGUGUCCCGCCAGCCAGGCCUUGGAGCUCCCUGAUCUUGCUCCAGAACCACCUCUGCCCCUGCCAACAGUGGGCAUUGAUACUGGAAGGCUCUCAAGAGGAGCAUCACAGGCUGCCUACGGGCCCUGUGCUGCUGCUUCCUGCCACCCUGUGGGCACCACCGAAACAAGGUGGCCCCAAUUACAGAACCAUGAGACACAACUCUGCGGACAUGGGUGUCCUACCCAUGUCAGAUCAGCCACAUGGAGGAAGCCACAUCCUCCGUGGUAAGGAACUUCUCUCUGCUCAUCUCCUCGCAUGUCCCUGUGUGAGGGUUUCCACCAAGGAGCUGCAGAGGAGUUGCUGGAAGGAUGGUGAGCCCAGGUGAAGAGAGCAGCCCUGCCUAUUCUGAGGACGGGGACACUGCUGUUCCCCUGGCCACCAUGUAGAAGCCUAGACUUGGCCAUGCUGUGAGCAGCCCAGGAGUAUGCAGAGGCCACACUGAUCCUCCGCCCGCUGAUUGCACAAUGGGAGCCACCCCAGCCCAGUCACCAGAGAGGUGUGUGGCGGCAUCUCUACAUCAUCCCAGUGCCAGCCAUGGAUCAUCCUGGCCCAGAAGUCAGCACAGCUGAGUCCUGAGGACCAGGGCCAUGCCUCAGCCUAAGUGGACCUGGCCAAGGCCCUGAGCCCCAUAGCUAACAUCUCUGUGGCCUCCCUGCCUCCUCCUCAGUCAUCCAGGACACAGUCGGCCACAGCCCAAGGCUGUCGGCUUCCAGAUGUCUCACAAACUCAGCCUCUCUUCUACCCAUGUGCCAUCAGCAAUGUAGAGCAGAUUUGUUCAUGGCACAGAUGUUGGGGACACUCAGGGCCAAGGACAGUGGUGCGGGCACUGCAGACACCAGAGGUGCGGGGCCAAUGUGGAGGGCUUGUGCAGGUGAGAGCAGGAGGGUAAUUUAGGAACAGAACACGGAGACAGUCAAGGGAUCAAAUGAGCCAGCCUCUGCCCCAGAGCAGCUGGCUGAGGACUGAUUCGGUGACAGCACCCAGGGACAGCGCUGCCGUGUGACCAGCACAUCAGUAGAGCUUCAGCAUAGUGACCCACGUGAUUCUCUGAGAGUGCUCGGUGCCCAGGGCUGCUCCUCAUCUUCCUGCUGUCAGGAUCACUGAGAUUUUAUAGAGAGGGAGCAUGACUCCUGGAGGGCUGAAGUGAAGUCACAGAUUUGUACAGGGAGAACAGGGCAGGGUCAGAUUCGAGCCUGGAACUUCUCAGCUCUUGGUCAUACUGUCAUCUAGUGAGGAAGACAGCCUGGGACACCACGAGAGGAACAACAGUGUUGGCACAAGAUGGUGGCCUUAGUAGCUUUCCAGGCUGUGGCAGGACACCUGAGAUUCAUCAGCAGAGGUUUCAGUCCAGGGUCACUGUGGGCUUGGGGCAGCACAGCACAUCAUGGCAGGAGUGUUGGAGGAGGAGACCCCUUACCUCAUAGCACCUGGGAAGCAGAGUCAUGAAGAGGCCAGAUCCCAUCAUCCUGGUCCCAGCCAAGCCCCUGUGACCUCACUUCCUCCCAGUAAGCUCUGCCUCCUCCCAGGAGCACAGCUGUGUGGUCCACACUUUCAACUGUGAGCCUACGGGGCACCUCAGAGAGAAGACAGAGGAAGACAAAGGAGCAGUAGGAGGGGGACUUCCCUGAUUUGUCCCUUGUUACCCUAGAGAGGCUGCUCUGGGGGCAAAGAGUGCUGAGCCCCCAGGUGCCUGCAGACUGCACAGCCUCCCAUGUGGGUGCAGGUAGAUGUGGAGGCUGGGUGAGGGUGAGGCUUGUCCAGCACAGCCAUGACUGUAUCUCACAGCCCACCAUGGCGAGGAGCUUUUACAUGUCCUCCCUGCUCACCUCUUGCCAGGCCCGUGUGUGAGGGCUUCCAUGAAGAAGCCACCAAGUUGUUGCUGCAAGGAUGGCAAGUCCAGGUGAAGAGAGGCAGUGCUGUGAGCUCUGUUUACUGGGCCACUGUACUGCCGCCCUGGACACCGUGCAGAUUCCGGGACAUGGCCAUGCUGUGAGCAGCCCGGGAAUAUGCAGAGGCCAUGCCGAGCCUCUGUCCAUGGAGUUCAGCAUGGGAGCCACCCCAGCCCAGCCAUGGGACAGGUGUGUGAUGCUGCCCCCAGAUGACCCCAGCCACUGCCAUCAAGCAUCUUUCUCCUUCUAGAAACUUCUGUGGACCCUGCAGCAUUCUUUGGGAUCCUCCCCACCCAUGCUGCCACGUGCAUUCUAGUUACCUCUUGGUAACCAUAUGGUAACUGGAAGGAACAGCAGCAGCAAGAAUGGGCUAGGUCUCAGCUCCUUGGGAAAACUUGCUGCCCUCUCUGGGGCUUCUGAGUCUCUUAAGAGUUUGAAUAUGGAGAGAGGGGGAGGCACCUCAGAAAGAGAUUCCUGGAGGGAGUGAAGGGAGGGCAGGGAAAAGGGGGAAAAUGAGAAC